UUGUGUUUUGUUUUCUCCCCUCCUCCGGAGUGGAGACCUGAGGCUGGUGAUGAGCUGACAAGACCGUGAGGCGCGUCACCAAGAGCGGAUUCCCAGACUUAGGGGAAGGGCAAGGAAAAGUUGUCUCGGAGGAGCCUGCCUUCCCCGGCUCGCCCAGGUCUGAAAUGCUGACGGCCGAAGAGGCGAUCGGCACGCAUUGGACAAACACCGAGGCAUGCUUCAAGUUUUCAUGUUGCAUUUCAGGAAUGGGAGACUGGUGUUUUCCAGAAGACGCACCCUCUUCUGAUGGCUGAAGGUUCCUUGCACAAGCUCGGUCUUUCCGUUGUAUGACUUUGAUUUACUUUUUUUCUUUUAUGGAUGCCGGAUUUGAAGCUUCAGUGUAAAAAAAGUAGAUUCCCGAAUCACGCUUUUUUUAGACAAAGCUUCAAGGCCGAAGGCCACUGUAUUACGGAGUUUCAUCAGCCCUUUCCUUGGGAAGCGUUGGGUUUUUUAGUUUCUCUCUGCUUCCUUGCCCUCCGUAUGGGAGGAGGCGCCCAUGCGAGCGAUGUCAUUUGAUUUCAUGUCUCUUUGAUCCUCUCUUUAAUGCAGUCUUGUACAAGAUAACCUCAUUCUUGUUCCAGUGCGGUUUGUGGAGUUGGAUGUUUACGUACAAAAGGACCCGGAAAGUGGGCCCGUGCUGUUAGGAAGGCUCUUGGAGAAAGACAGCCGCAGUAGCAUCUUGUAGCUGAAAUGGAUCUCGGGGAUGGUCAGGUUCUCCUGCCUCCUUUGCCAGCUUUGAAUCUAUGGUACAAAAGUUGCUUCCUGGGUUAGUCCUAAGGCAGAACACUGGAUCUUCCUUGGCUAUCAAGUACUUUAUUGAAAGAAACAGUCCUUACAAGGCUAAAGAGAACAAAGAAGCAGCAUAUUGUGGACAUGUUUGUCUCACAUUCUCUGUGAUCACCCAGUGAAUUUCUUCAGUGUAAGUAAAUACUGCGUUAGUGUUAUCAGACGUUUUGAAUGUUUCAGUCUGCUUAAUGAUUGUUUCUGUCAUUAUUUUACCUCCCCGUCCCCAGUGGAAAUAGACAAAACCAGAAAACAAACUUCUCUUGUUGAUCAGUUACGAUCAUGUCGCUGUGGAAGGCAUGCUGUUUCCUGCCUCCACCGCUAACAGAGAGUAUGAGGCCCGCCUGGAAAGGUACAGUGAGCGCAUUUGGACAUGUAAGAGUACCGGAAGCAGUCAGCUAACACACAAGGAGGCCUGGGAGGAGGAACAGGAAGUUGCUGAACUUUUGAAGGAGGAGUUCCCGGCCUGGUAUGAGAAACUUGUUCUGGAAAUGGUUCACCAUAACACAGCCUCUUUAGAGAAAUUAGUAGAUACUGCUUGGUUGGAGAUCAUGACAAAAUACGCUGUGGGAGAAGAGUGUGAUUUUGAGGUUGGGAAGGAAAAAAUGCUCAAGGUGAGGAUUGUGAAGAUUCAUCCUUUGGAAAAAGUAGAUGAAGAGGCCGCUGAGAAGAAAUCGGAUGGUGCCUGUGACUCUCCCUCCAGCGACAAAGAGAACUCGGGUCAGAUUCCUCAGGAUCAUCAGAAGAAGGAAGCGAUUGUAAAAGAGGAUGAAGGAAGGAGAGAGAGUAUUAAUGACAGAGCACGUAGAUCUCCACGAAAACUCCCUACUUCAUUAAAAAAAGGAGAAAGGAAAUGGGCUCCACCAAAAUUUCUGCCUCACAAAUACGAUGUGAAAUUACAAAAUGAAGAUAAGAUCAUCAGUAAUGUGCCAGCAGACAGCUUGAUUCGCACAGAACGCCCGCCAAAUAAGGAGAUACUUCGAUACUUUAUACGGCAUAACGCGUUACGGGCCGGUACUGGUGAAAAUGCACCGUGGGUGGUGGAAGAUGAAUUGGUGAAGAAAUACUCCCUCCCUAGCAAGUUCAGUGACUUUUUACUUGAUCCAUACAAGUACAUGACUCUCAACCCUUCUACUAAGAGGAAGAAUACUGGAUCCCCAGACAGGAAGCCCUCAAAAAAAUCCAAGACAGACAACUCUUCUCUGAGUUCACCCCUAAAUCCCAAGUUAUGGUGUCAUGUACACUUGAAGAAGUCCCUGAAUGGCUCGCCGCUCAAAGUGAAGAACUCCAAAAAUUCCAGAUCUCCAGAAGAACAUUUGGAAGAAGUGAUGAAGAUGAUGUCGCCCGCCAAGCUCCAUAGUAACUUUCACAUCCCCAAGAAGGGCCCUCCUGCCAGGAAGUCGGGCAAGCACAACGAUAAACCUUUGAAAGCAAAGGGCAGAAGCAAAGGCAUCCUUAAUGGACAGAAAUCUACAGGUAAUUCCAAGUCUCCCAAAAAGGGCUUGAAGACUCCUAAAACCAAAAUGAAGCAGAUGACUCUGUUGGAUAUGGCCAAAGGCACUCAGAAGAUGACACGUGCCCCACGGAACUCUGGGGGUACAGCCAGGUCCUCUAGUAAACCCCACAAACAUCUGCCUCCUGCUGCCCUACACCUUAUUGCUUACUACAAAGAAAACAAAGACAGGGAGGACAAGAAGAGUGCCCUGUCCUGUGUUAUCUCCAAAACAGCUCGCCUUCUCUCCAGCGAAGAUAGAGCCCGUCUCCCAGAAGAGCUGCGAAGUCUUGUUCAAAAACGCUUUGAGCUUCUCGAGCACAAAAAGCGGUGGGCCUCGAUGUCUGAGGAGCAACGGAAAGAAUAUUUGAAAAAGAAACGAGAGGAGCUGAAAGAGAAGUUGAAGGAGAAAGCCAAGGAGCGGAGAGAGAAGGAAAUGCUUGAGAAGCUAGAAAAACAGAAGAGGUACGAGGACCAGGAGUUAUCUGGCAAAAGCCUUCCAGCAUUUAGACUGGUGGAUACCCCUGAAGGGCUGCCCAACACGCUCUUUGGGGAUGUGGCCAUGGUGGUGGAGUUCUUGAGCUGUUACUCCGGGCUGCUCUUACCAGAUGCUCAGUACCCCAUUACUGCUGUGUCCCUCAUGGAGGCCUUGAGUGCAGAAAAAGGCGGCUUUUUAUACCUCAACAGGGUGUUGGUCAUCCUCUUACAGACCUUAUUACAGGACGAAAUAGCAGAAGACUAUGGUGAACUGGGAAUGAAGCUGUCGGAGAUCCCGCUGACUCUCCAUUCUGUUUCAGAGCUGGUGCGGCUCUGCCUGCGCAGAUCUGACGUUCAGGAAGAAAGCGAGGGCUCCGACGCAGAUGACAAUAAGGAUUCGGCGCCAUUUGAGGACAAUGAGGUACAAGAUGAGUUCCUAGAGAAGCUGGAGACCUCGGAGUUUUUUGAACUAACGUCAGAGGAGAAGCUGCAGAUCUUGACUGCUCUCUGCCACCGCAUCCUCAUGACGUACUCGGUGCAGGACCACAUGGAAACCAGACAGCAGAUGUCGGCAGAGCUGUGGAAAGAGCGGCUCGCUGUCCUGAAGGAAGAGAAUGAUAAGAAGAGAGCAGAGAAACAGAAAAGGAAAGAAAUGGAAGCCAGAAACAAGGAAAACGGGAAAGAGGAGAACGGCCUAGGCAAACCGGAUAGGAAAAAAGAGGUGGUGAAGUUUGAGCCCCACGUGGACCUGGGAGCCGAAGACAUGAUCAGUGCUGUGAAGAGCCGGCGGCUGCUCGCCAUCCAGGCCAAGAAGGAGCGUGAGAUCCAGGAGAGAGAGAUGAAAGUGAAACUAGAACGCGAAGCUGAAGAAGAACGAAUACGAAGGCACAAGGCAGCUGCUGAGAAGGCUUUCCAGGAGGGAAUUGCCAAGGCAAAGCUAGUCAUGCGUAGGACUCCUAUUGGUACAGAUCGAAACCAUAACAGGUACUGGCUCUUCUCAGAUGAAGUUCCGGGAUUGUUCAUUGAAAAAGGCUGGGUGCAUGACAGCAUCGACUAUCGAUUCAGUCACCGCAAAGAUCGUGCGGACCCUGCUGAUGAAGAUUACUGUCCCCGGAGUAAGAAAGCAAACCUAGGCAAAAAUGCAAAUGUGAAUGCACAACCUGGACCAGCAACAGAAGUUGCUGUAGAGACCACCAUACCCAAACAAGGCCAGAAUCUAUGGUUUUUAUGUGAUAGUCAGAAGGAACUGGAUGAGUUGCUAAAUUGCCUUCACCCUCAGGGAAUAAGAGAAAGUCAACUUAAAGAGAGACUCGAGAAGAGGUACCAGGACAUAAUUCACUCUAUUCAUCUGGCCCGGAAGCCAAAUUUGGGUCUAAAAUCCUGUGAUGGCAACCAGGAGCUUUUAAACUUUCUUCGUAGUGAUCUCAUUGAAGUUGCAACUAGGUUACAAAAGGGGGGACUUGGUUAUGUGGAAGAAACAUCGGAAUUUGAAGCCCGGGUGAUCUCGUUAGAGAAACUGAAGGAUUUUGGUGAGUGUGUGAUUGCCCUACAAGCCAGCGUCAUAAAGAAGUUUCUCCAAGGCUUCAUGGCUCCCAGGCAGAAGAGGAGAAAGCUCCAAAGCGAAGAUUCAGCAAAGAUGGAGGAGGUGGACGAAGAGAAGAAGCUGGCGGAGGAGGCGGAGGUCGCAUCUGCUCUGGAAAAGUGGAAGACCGCGAUCCGUGAGGCUCAGACUUUCUCCCGGAUGCACGUUCUGCUUGGGAUGCUGGAUGCCUGUAUUAAGUGGGAUAUGUCAGCAGAAAAUGCUCGAUGCAAAGUUUGUCGAAAGAAAGGUGAGGACGACAAGCUGGUCUUGUGCGACGAAUGCAACAAAGCCUUCCACCUGUUCUGCCUGAGGCCCGCCCUCUACGAGGUCCCAGACGGCGAGUGGCAGUGCCCUGCUUGCCAGCCUGCGACCGCCAGGCGCAACUCCCGCGGCCGGAAUUACACAGAAGAGUCUGCCUCUGAGGACAGCGAAGAUGAUGAGAGCGAUGAUGAGGAGGAGGAGGAAGAGGAGGAGGAGGCAGACUACGAGGUGGCCGGGCUGCGAUUGAGACCUCGAAAGACGGCCCGGGCCAAGCAGGGCGUCCUCCCCGCUGCGGCGAGGCCGGGGCGCCGGCCGGGUAAGAAGCCGCAUCCCGCCAGGAAGUCUCGGCCAAAGGCGCCGCCUGUGGACGACGCAGAGGUCGAGGAGCUGGUCCUUCAGACCAAGCGGAGCUCGCGGAGGCAGAGCCUCGAGCUGCAGAAGUGUGAGGAGAUCCUCCACAAGAUCGUCAAGUACCGCUUCAGCUGGCCCUUCAGGGAGCCCGUGACCAGAGACGAGGCUGAGGAUUACUACGACGUCAUCACUCACCCCAUGGACUUCCAGACAAUGCAGAACAAGUGUUCCUGUGGGAGCUACCGCUCCGUGCAGGAGUUUCUCUCCGACAUGAAGCAAGUGUUUGCCAAUGCCGAGCUUUACAACUGCCGAGGCAGCCACGUGCUGACCUGCACGGUGAAGACAGAACAGUGUCUGGUGGCUCUGCUGCAUAAACACCUUCCCGGCCACCCGUACGUCCGCAGGAAACGCAAGAAGUUUCCCGAUCGGCUUGCUGAAGAUGAAGGGGACAGUGAGUCAGAGACCAUUGGACAGUCCAGGGGACGAAGGCAGAAGAAAUAGAGAGGCAGGGCCCUGGUAAGGGAGGUGGGGGACCGGAGAGAGCCGGGGAGGGUGGGAGGGAGUGGGAGAGGAAGAUGGAGAAGAAUGUGGAAGGGAGGAGAUCACAGGGAGUCCAGAAAUGCCCGUCAUCCCAGGCUCGUGCUGCCUUGCCCAGCUCUCCAGAGGGCCCUAAGCAGGCCGAGCUCUUCGCAGAACCCGCUCUUGGGCUGGUGGUCUGUGCCAGGGCUCCCGUGGGCAGGGGGCCGCCUUAACCCUGCUGAGAGCUUCCAGGGAGAGGCCAAGGGUAUGGCUUUCUUGUGGGCCCACAUCCUUUAACUUUCUUCUUUCCUGCGGCCCCUCCUGCUCUGGCCGCCACGACAGCGCCAAGCCUCUGGUCUCGAGGGGAGGGAUGACAGCAUGUCACGGAAGGAUCGGGGUAAUCAGGCCAAACGGGGAGGCGGUGUUGAUUUUUUAAUUUCUAUUUACACACAGUCUUGUUUCUUGAAGCCGGUCCUGCCCCCUCCCCCUUCAGGUGACGGCAGCCGUGAGUGCUGUACCGCGUUCUGUGUUCACCAGCAUCAGGAGACACUCGUGCUCUUCGAGUUGUUGCUCUUGGCAGAGUAAAGGGACAUGUCCUGGAGCCAUUCCUGAAUACCCCUCCCCUUCUUUGUGACAGCUCUCGCUCCUCUCCCGCCCCACCUCACCCCUUCAAAAUCAAAAACAAAAAAAAAACUGAAAAAAAAAAAAAAAAAAA